AUGUCUGAAGAAAAUAUUCCCGAAACUGAUAACCUCAGCGCCUCAGUUUCCGUCCAUUCCAAUCAAGAUGGACUCAAGAAAGAUUUAUCUGAUUUGGAAACCAAUGAACAACAUGUCAUUGAUAUUCCACAAAAGCCUGCCUCUGCCUACAUCGCCGUCUGCAUUUUCUGUUUGAUGGUUGCCUUUGGUGGUUUCAUUUCCGGUUGGGAUACAGGUACCAUUGGUGGGUUCUUGGCUCAUCCUGAUUUCGUUGGUAGAUUUGGUUCUAAGCAUUCCGAUGGUACUCCUUACUUCUCAAAUGUUAGAACUGGGUUAUUGGUUUCCAUUUUCAAUAUUGGUUGUUGUGUCGGUGCUGUGUUCUUAGGUCGUUUGGGUGAUAUGUACGGUCGUAGAAUUGGUAUUGUCCUUGCUGUUAUCAUUUACAUUGUUGGUAUUGUCAUUCAAAUCGCAUCUGUGGACAAAUGGUACCAAUAUUUCAUUGGCAGAAUUGUUGCAGGAUUAGGGUCUGGUACCAUCGCUGUCUUAUCUCCAAUGUUAAUUUCUGAAGUGUCUCCAAAACAUUUAAGAGGUACUUUAGUCUCAUGUUAUCAAUUAAUGAUUACUUUCGGUAUCUUCUUAGGUUACUGUGCUAAUUAUGGUACCAAGAAAUACAAUAACUCCAUUCAAUGGAGAGUCCCAUUAGGUUUAUGUUUUGCAUGGGCCUUAUUCUUAAUUGCUGCUAUGUUCUUUGUCCCAGAAUCCCCACGUUAUUUGGUUGAAGCUGGUAAAAUCGAAGAAGCUAAACGUUCUGUUGCUCAAUCAAAUAAAGUAUCCAUUGAUGACCCAGCUACCAUCGCUGAAGUGGAAAUUAUUCAAGUCGCAGUGGAAAGCGAAAGGGCUGCUGGUUCUGCAUCUUGGGGUGAAUUAUUCCAAACAAAGACUAAAGUCUUACCAAGAACUAUUAUGUGUGUUAUGGUCUUAGCUUUACAACAAUUGACUGGUUGUAACUAUUUCUUCUACUAUGGUACUAUUGUCUUCAAUGCUGUCGGUAUGAGUGACUCUUAUGAAACCUCCAUCGUCUUUGGUAUUGUUAAUUUUGCUUCUACUUUUGUAGCAUUGUAUGUCGUUGAUAAAUUUGGUCGUCGUACAUGUCUAUUGUGGGGGGCUGCUGGUAUGGUUUGUUGUAUGGUUGUUUUCGCAUCUGUUGGUGUCAAAUCUUUACAUCCACAUGGUGACGAUGGUCCAUCAUCUAAAGGUGCUGGUAACUGUAUGAUUGUCUUCUCAUGUUUCUUCAUUUUCUGUUUCGCUACUUCAUGGGCUCCAAUUCCAUUCGUUAUUGUCUCUGAAUCAUUCCCAACCAAGAUUAAAGCAAAGGGUAUGGCUAUUGGUACCGUUUCCAAUCAACUUUGGAAUUUCUGUAUUGGUUUUUUCACUCCUUUCAUUACAGGUGCCAUUGAUUUCUACUACGGUUAUGUGUUCUUGGGCUGUUUAGUGUUUGCCUACUGUUACGUCUUCAUGUUCGUUCCAGAAACCAAAGGUUUGCAAUUAGAAGACGUCAAUAUUAUGUGGGAAGAAGGUGUUCUACCAUGGAAAUCAUCCGCUUGGGUCCCACCAUCUCAAAGAGGUGCUGAUUACGAUGCUCAAGAAUUGGCUAACGACGACAAGCCAGCUUGGAAGAGAAUGGUUGGUAAGAACUAA